CGGCAGAAUGACUCAGGCACCAGUGCGAGGACUUUGCCGCGCGUCGACAUCAUCUAUCAUGUUCAGGAUGCCAUCCAGUCCUUCGCGCACGUCGUCGAGCCGCGUCUCGGUCGCCAAAGAUGAACCGACGACACUAGCGUCAACAUCAGCGAUUCUACAGGAGGACCUACUGCCGCCUUCUAGCUGGGUGGACAAACAAAGCCGAUCCAAGUGCUUUUGUUGCAGCCGCCAGUUCCAGACCCUCCUGCGGCCGAAAUACAACUGUCGCAAGUGCGGCGAAGUGGUGUGUUCGAAAUGCCGCGUGUCCAAGCUGUGUCGGCAGUCGACGACCCCGAUAUUGUCGCUCAAACAUCUCACGACGAUCCGAAUAUGUCUCGUGUGUAACCACAGUGCUGGGCCAGGGCCUUCGGUGCCCCGCGACAGGCAACCUCACAUCGUGCUUGCAUCGUCUAACGCGCAUGCGGCGCUCUCGUCGAACAGCCUGGCCAUGACUCCCCACUCGCCAUCGACGCCUGCAGCCACGUCUACGCCGCCAUCCUCCAAAUCACACGCGUCGGGGAUAUUCACAAGUCCUCGCGAAGUCAUCCUGCCAAGUCCGUAUGACCUGGACUGGGACUGGGGGCACCCGUGGCCGAAGCCGCCCGCGCUUCCAUCGUUCAUUGAAAGCCAGCACAUGGACGUCCUAUACAGCCUCCGCAUUCUAGAUACCCCCAAAGACGAAGUGUUCGAUCGCAUCGCCAUCGCUGCACGUAGAUUCUCGUCACCGUCGUGCAAAGUUGCGUGUGUGAGCUUUAUGGAUUUGCAAAAGGAUCGGCAAUGGUUCAAAGCGUCCUGUGGUCUCGCCCAGGCAGAAAUGCCUCGAACAGUAUCAUUCUGCACGCACACGUUGUACUUGAACCAGCCCAUCGUCGUCCUCGACGCCCGCCUCGACGAGCGCUUUUGCUACAAUCCACUCGUGACUGGUGCCGGCCAAUUCCGGUUCUACGCAAGUGUGCCAAUCGUCGUCGAAAGCGUCGCCGUUGGAACGAUCUUUGUUCUGGACGCCGAGCCGCGUACCGACCACGACGUGGACAUUUCCAAGCUGGUCAAGCUCAGCCAAGUAGUGUCCAGGAUGCUGCUGGAACGCCGCCUUCGGUUUGCGCGCAAGGCGUCGCUCGACGAGAGCUUCCGCGUCUGCACGACCAUGUCUGUCCCGCACUUUGACGAAGACGACGACUACGGCGUCGCGACCAAAAAGGAGAAAACCGUUCGGAGCUACUCGAUGGACAUGCUGGAUAUGACAACAACGAGCGCGCAUAGCCCCCAUCGGAUGAGCGUGAGCCGCCUUUCGACGACGAAUAGUAUGACGAACGACCUCGAGCCUGAACCUCUCAGGCGGGCAGUGUCCGAAGAACCAGCACGGCCUCGCCACGACGGAGGUCGGCUCAGACAUGUGGACGUGUCUGUUCCUCCAUCCACUCCAACGAGCACCAGCGAUGGAACAUCCAUGGAAACGAUGCUACUGACGCUCUUGAACCAGACUACGCUGACGCAACAGCAAAUUGCGCACCAGCAAGGGGACUUGUUUGAACGGCUCGGUUCGAAUAGCACGAAAAUCAAUAUGUUGACCGAAGCGGUCGCGAGGAUGGAAGCCAAGAUCCAGGAGCGACAGGCAGAAGGGGAAGACUCAUGAGCGGAGCAGGCAGUCAGGUCCAGUAGCUGCGAUAGAAUGAUGUAUAAAAAACGCUGGUAUUUAGUUAGAGAUCGUGGUCGGUCGAUGGCGUGUCGGAGCUAGGUAGUGCAGCCGACUGCUUCGAUUGGAGAUAAGCAGUGAUGGAUACAUACUGUUUCAGUACAUUUGAGUCAAUCUUGUGGCCUUGUUCACCAUCGUCAGUGUCCGUGGGGGCGGCGGCGAGUGCCACCGCGGAUGCAGAUUUGAGACCGACGGCGGUGCCAAGUGCCUGAGACGUCGUGUCCAGCACGAUGAUCGGAACGGCGAACGUGUUUGCCAUGGACAUGAUGUGCCACGCAGCAGACUGCACCGAUGCGUUCAUGGCGAGGACCACGACACACGCUUGGUGGCGUUCGAGGAAACGAGUCACGGCGUUGAUUCCAAUCGCGACGAGUUUCUUGGGUGCCAUUGCGGGCAAUAUGGGCGUGAGUUCAUGCAGGAUGCGAUCCAAUACGAUAUGAUUGUCUUCGUUCUGCACAAUUUCGAAAGGAAGCGGUCGGAGGCGGCGGCUAGCGUCGGCAGACUCGUGCUUCCAUCGGUCCCUCUCCUGGUGCGCGCGCUGGCGGAGCGUUGCCAUCGAU